AUGGGACAUCAUGAAAUAGUACUUGAUAUUGAUGUUAAACUCCCGAGUCAACAGCAAAACACAACAGCUAAUGAUGAACAAAAAGAACAAAGUAUACAAUUUGCCGAUUUAAGUGAACUUCGUGAUCGCGCACGUCUACUCGAAUAUUCUAGUAAUGUACAAAAGACUGAUAAUAAUCAACAUGAUGUGGAUAAAUUGCGUAAAUUCAUUCAAUUGGUCAGUGUUAUUGAAACAACUUUAGAAACACUAAUAACCUUAUAUACGACCUGUCAUCCGUCAGCUUCAAAAUUUCUGAUGCCAGAAAAACGUUUCUUAUGUACAAAUGGAAAUUAUGAUCAAUUAAUACAAAACAAUACAACAAUAACUAAUUUACUUGAUAAUUGGGAAAAGAAGUUGUUUUCUAUGUAUGAAAUAUAUAGUCAUUUGACAUACUUAACAGAUGAUCAAUUUCGGCUUAUUGAAGAUUUUAUUUACAAUCCAUCAACAUCUUCAGUUUCUCAUCCCGAUUAUCAUCUUCUUGAUUUAUUGAUAUUGAUCCAAAAUUAA